AUGAACGGAGUGCACGAUGGUCCAAAUAGGGGCUCACCCUACAAUGGAAUUCCGUCCAGAGAUCCUCAAGCUCACACCGCUAACGGAGCUGAGAGGGGACCACAAUCCCAAAGCCGAUUCCCCCGUAUCUCGAUGCCAGUGGAGCUCAUGCGAGACUCCUACGAUGUGGUGGCCAUUGGUUCAGGGUAUGGAGGGGGCGUGGCCGCCAGUCGAAUGGCCAGAGGAGGACAGAGCGUCUGCGUCCUCGAGCGAGGAAGGGAGAGAUGGCCUGGUGAGUUCCCUGAAAAACUGGAGGAUGCGGUGGAGGAGCUUCACGUCAGCGGUCAAUUCGCUCCCGGCGACAGAAGAAGUAUCCCUGGAGCUAUGGUUGACGCGGGGAACCCAAAUGGCCUAUACCACUUCGUGGUAGGCGAAGGCCAGAACGUAUAUAUGGGUAACGGUCUCGGUGGCACCAGCCUUCUGAAUGCCAAUGUGUUCCUUGAAGCCCAUCGCAAAGUGCUGGAAAUGGGAGUCUGGCCAGAGGAAUUGAGAGGACACGAAGCAUGGAAAAAGUAUUAUGACCGCGCAAGGAGCGUUCUGGAACCUGCCAAGUACCCUCCGACAUUCCCAAAGCUUCUCAAAGCCGAUCUUCUCAGAAGGCAAUCGGAGCUCAUGAGCUGGGGCGAUAAAUUCUACAGUGUUCCGCAAACAACUCGGUUUGAGGACGGCCCCAACUCUACGGGAGUCUACAUGCAGGCGUCACAGCUGACGGGAAUGGAUGCGACUGGUGUCAACGACGGCAGCAAGUCUACAACGCUUGUGAACUAUCUCAGUGAUGCAUGGAAUUGGGGUGCCGAGAUCUUCUGUAAUUGCGAGGUCAGAUAUGUUGCCAAAGCCCCUGAUCGUGAAGGAUACAUCAUAUACUUCGCGUGGCGCUCCUGUGGACGAGACCGUUUCAGCACUUUCUUUGACGACCUUAUGUGGGUGCAUGCAAGAAAAUUCGUUUUCUUAGGAGCUGGAAGUAUCGGAACCACCGAGAUCCUGCUCCGCAGCAGACAGAUGGGCUUGGACUUGAGCGAUGACGUCGGCACUGAGAUGAGCGGCAACGGGGAUAUGUACAAUACCGACUAUGAAGCUAAUUGCUUAGCUCGUCCUGAACCUACGCCUGAGCGACCCGUAGGACCAUGCAUAACUUCAGUCCUGGAUCUGAGGGAUCAGGGAAACGUUCUGGAUGGGUUCGUGGUAGAAGACUGUGCAGUACCAUAUGCUCUUGCCCCACUCAUGUUCAGCAUGUUGGAAUACUUGCCAGAUAUGAGACGUCCCAAGUACAGUCCUGUUGAGAGUGUAGAGAGGUUUGUCGCACGACUGAAAGGCAAGCUUGGGCCAUACGUACCCGAAGGAAGUGUGCAGAAGACUGCCGUAUAUUUGAUCAUGUCGCAUGACAAUAGCCAAGGCAGACUAUCACUCCAGAAAGACAAGCCAGUGCUAACAUACUCGGGUGUGGGCCGAUCUAAAUCUGUAUCUCGCAUCCACGGUAUCCUCGAGAGAAUGACAGCUGCUGUCGGUGGGAAUAACAUAGCCAACCCAGUCUGGAGUACUUUGGGUAGGCAGGAGAUCACAGUGCAUCCCAUAGGUGGAGCGCGCAUCAGCAAAGACAACACUGGGAACAAUGGGGUGGUCAAUCACCUAGGAGAAGUCUUGAAGGGAAACAGCAGCGAAGCGUAUGAAGGACUGGUCGUGUGCGACAGCUCUGCGCUGCCAGCAGCUGUUGGCGUCAAUCCUUUUGCGACCAUUACAGCCUUUGCUGAAAGAUCAGUUGAGAUGGUAGCCCGGAGGCGAAAUAUAGCUAUCGACUAUAACACGAAGAGUGGUCAAUUGGACAUGUUCGGUACUCCGGCAUAUCGUUCUCCUCAAGAUGCAGAAGCCGCGCAACUUGCAUACAGGCUUGCGAAAGCCACUGAAAAUCAAAAUACCGGUGUCGUGUUCUCGGAGAUCAUGACUGGCUUCAUAUACACUGGUCAUGACGUUAAAGACUUUGAGGUCGCGACGAAGCUUGCUCGAGGCCGCUGCGAGAAUGCACGAUUCUUCCUGAGCGUCAAAGCAUGGAGUGCUGAGGAGCUGGUAAAGAGCAGCCAACAUUUGGCAAACUUGACGGGAACAUUUACUUGCAACACGCUUGGAGGUGUCUUCUUGGUCCACAGAGGCACCUUCCAACUGUUCAACUACGAUGCCCGGCAACCAGACACAGCGAACCUGACGUAUAACUUUGACAUGAUAUCAACCAGUGGGAGAAAACUGCAUUUUAACGGCUACAAAGUCGUGAACAGUGCAUCUUUCCUCAACCCACUUGAACUGUGGAGACAGACCAGCACGCUGUAUGUCACCAUCACAGAUGCGAGCAAUAUAGUAGUAGGCCGCGGUAUGCUGCGCAUUCUGCCAGACGAUUUCGGUUACGAACUGAGAACCUUCGAAACAAGUGGGCCAUCGCUGUGGACAAGGGCCAAAUCGGCAGUGAGCUUUCUCGCCUACUUUGCAAAACAGCUUUCCGUGCCGUUUCUUUCGGCGCUUGGGCAACUUCAGUGGCCAGACACAACGCUGAAUUACGCUUCUAAAGAAGUAACUCCAUCCUCCACCAUUCCAUUGACAGCAUCUGACGGAGUCACCACAAACAUGGUGAUGUGGAAUCCCACCUUCCAAGGAAAGGAUAUUCUGGGCCCUGCCCCAACCUUACUCUUCAUACCAGGAGCAGCAGUUGACCACAAAAUGUUCGCUCUUCCUACCAUAGAGAGAAAUGCAGUCGAGUACUUCCGCGAGUCCGGAUAUCGUAUCUACUGCAUCACUCAUAGAGUCGGACGAGCUCCGAUCGCUCGAGAAGGGUACACACCGUAUGAUGCACGGCGCGAUAUACACGCUGCUCUUGUCCACAUCCGCAAAGUUAUCAGCACAAUAAGUCCGUCCGAGCCCCCAAAGGUCUACGUGGUGGCCCACUGCGCAGGCUCCCUCGCACUGUCUUGCGGCCUACUGGACGGCACAAUCCCUAGUGACUGGAUUCAGGGAAUCACCGCAUCAAUGGUUUUCAUGAACCCUAAGUUUGGAAAGGUUGAUAGUCUCCUGUCCAAAUUUCCCACAUCCCUAUAUGCCCGACUGUCACUGUUGAACCAGGCGUUGCGCUUUUACCCUCAUGGGGCGGCCGGGGAGUCGUGCCGAUCGGUCGUCUGCCAUCGGAGCGAACUUGUAUUUGGCCGUCUUUGGACCCAUAAAAACCUCAACGACGCAACCCACACCCAACUCGAACGCUUCCUCGGCGGCACCUCAAUGCGUUCCCUUCAAUGGCUCAUGGAGAGCGGCCGGAAGGAGAGCGUUCUAGCCAACGGGCCAGCUUUCACCAAUCUCGUCACGCCGGAAAACCUCGAACGUUUGAAGGGAAUUCCGAUCUUGUUCCUAUCAGGAACUGGAAACAUGGUGUUUACUGCCGAGAACACGGAUAUCUCGUACACGACACUUUGUAAUGUGCACGGAAGGGAUUGGUGCGAGCGGGAAGUCUUCAGGGGCAAGGGACAUUUGGAUGCCUGGAUGGGCGCGACAGCCUAUCAAGACGUUUAUCCGAGGGUGAGACGCCAUGUUGAUCAGAUCAUGAUGUGGGAACAGGGCCCGGCUGGAAAGAUGAACAGGAAGGAUAUGAUGUAG